AUGACACAUGCAUUUCUCCAUUACUUUGUCGAUUUCGAUAUCAGGGUCACAAAAUGGGAGGAGGUCUGGGCGGGAAACGGGCACGGAUCUUGCUUUCAGACCAUGUGCAAGGCUAUACACAAAACGGUUCGAACCUGGUGCCCAGCGCUUGCCGGAAUACGGGAGAUGCCACUAGUGGACAUCAUCGAUUUAAGUUCCCUUGUCAUCAUCCACGACAGAUUCAGACCCAUGAGCGCGUACCUCACCGAAGAUGAAAGCAAUAUGAUGGCGCAGGCACUGACGAUGAAACACUACCCGGAACUGUAUCAUUGGGGAUCAUUGGAUCGUUAUCAAUACAUCCUAGGAGUUAUUGAAGCCGCCAUGGGGAAUUUGAUGAAGGAGUAUUUCCCAUUAGCCAUCAAGGACUCCGACGAUGACGAUGACGAAUCAAGUGGUCCCGACGAGGAUCACUACCACUCGCCAGUACUCACGUCCUUGCCUAUUGCCCAAUGUCCGAGGGCAGCGACCUGCCCGGGAUUGCUGACGUCGACAACAAGCCCCUAA